AUGGGCAAGCCAACGCAGUCACCUCCGAAGUCGACCCGAAGGUCCUCCUCUUCGCACUCAAAGAAGCUCCUCGACAACCUCGACGGGCUCUCGGACAGCGUCGCCGACAAGAUCCUCGACCAGCGCCUCUUUGGUGGUCUCAAGAAGCUAGACGACAUUGUCGAGAAGAAGAUCAUGCGGAAGAAGAAGUACGAGGAGUUCAAGAGCGUCAUUCUAGAGUACGCGACGGCGAACAAGCCCAAGGAGAAACCCGUCACGGAUUAGGUCGUCGACGAC